UUUUCCGCUUCGCCAUUUUGUGUCGCUGGGCCGGUAUUUAUCGGAGGGGGAAACUAGUGACUCGUCCACUUACGUAGCUAUCUGGUCGCUUGGUGUCGUUAGCAAGUCGCCAACCCGCAACUCACGAUUUAGAUAAUUAACACGACUAUUAAACGGAAGGACGUCGCCUUUAGUGAAGCGUUUAGUUUUGUAUUCCUGUUUUUUUUAGUGUGAGUGGGAAAGGAUGUCGUCCACCGCCCCUGAAUACUCUCCCUUCUUCGCGGUGAUGGGUGCCUCUGCGGCUAUGGUCUUCAGCGCCUUAGGAGCUGCAUAUGGCACAGCUAAGAGCGGCACCGGCAUCGCUGCCAUGUCUGUGAUGCGGCCCGAGCUGAUCAUGAAGUCCAUCAUCCCCGUGGUCAUGGCGGGUAUCAUAGCCAUCUAUGGCCUGGUGGUGGCAGUGUUGAUCGCCAACAACAUUUCAGAUACGGUCUCCCUUUACAAGAGCUUCCUCCAUCUGGGGGCAGGGCUGAGUGUGGGCCUGAGUGGCCUGGCCGCCGGCUUCGCCAUCGGGAUCGUGGGCGAUGCCGGGGUUCGGGGCACAGCACAGCAGCCCAGGUUAUUCGUAGGCAUGAUCCUCAUCCUUAUCUUCGCUGAAGUGUUGGGUCUUUAUGGCCUAAUUGUGGCUCUCAUCCUCUCUACAAAAUAAAUGGGAGUCCUUCCAGUGAGUGUGCUGCUGAACGGGGAGAGGAACUUAAAGAAAAAAAGAAAAGAAAAAAAAAAGGAAACAAUUAAUAUAGCUCCAUAAAUGAUCUUAUCCACAAUGUGUACAGUUGUCUCGGUUUGGUAGUCAACCUCUUGUAAAUGCGCGAUGUACCCUAGUGAUUUGUCUGUCCUGUGUGUGUAGAUUUUUUUCUUUUUUUUUCUUUUCCUUUCCAUUGGUUGGCCUGAGUCAUUUGUUUACUGCUUGUGUUGACAAACUAUGACUGGCCUGGUGUCCCCCCCCCCCCCUUUCUUUCUUGGGACGGUUUCCACAUUGUUGCGGAUCUGUAAAAAAUAUAUAUAUAUAUAAAUGGGAUAGGUUUUUUUUCCACUGAUUUUAUUUAUAAAAAUUUUGAAAUGCUGAUAAAACUGUUUUAAAUGGAGCAAAGUCUUUACUGAAUUCCCCGUGAUAUAUAUGUAUAUUAUAAAUAUCUAUGUAUAGGUAGAUUUAUUGCACUGUGGCUAAUUGUAAUAAGUGAUUGGAAUUCCUAUGGAUGUGAUGGGUUAAAAUGGAUUGCCUUUAGUGUCCAGGCCAUGGAGUGGGACUUGUGUUUUAAUUACUGCUGACAUUCUUAAAACACUUGUAACAUGUUUUCCUGUAGUACAGUUGUCCGAUUGCAGUAAGUAUGUGCCCAGUGUUGGGUUUCACAGGUCUAAUUUCCAAAUAAAUUUCCUUGACGUAUUCCAACAUCAUUUGUCAUUGUGAAUCAUAAGAACAAAGUCAUUAAAGGGAACUGACCUUAAGUUGUA